CAUCUUACUUACCCUCACAACACCAAGCUGUCUCCGCCUCACGCUGGCCCCAACCCCCAACCACCACCACCACCACCGUCAUCUAUCCAUCCCACCCCUGGCGCGCUCACCAGCAGGCCCAGUCCUCCGCCUAGUCUCUUGCUCCGUGCUACCUGCUGGCCCUGCGCCAACAGCCUUGCGACCCACCGCCGCCUACGCGACCGUCGCAUUCCGCAACGCGCAGCUCCCUGACUGUCCAUCUUCGCUUCUUGUGCCCCCGCUUCCCUCCCCAUUGUGGCCAUGAACCACUAUCCUGCCCGCGUCAUGGGGGGCCCCCAGGUUGGCCCAGCCCAGCGCCUCAACGAGCUUCUCGACAACAUCAAGGCCGAGUUUGAGACGGAAUCUCAGCGCAGCGUCGAAUAUGAAGGGCAAAUUUCCCGUCACAUUCAAGAAAUUGAAUUGAUCCGCAGCAAAGUCUAUUCGCUCGAGCAGUCACACAACCAGAUGAAGGCAAAAUAUGAAGAGCGCAUUGCCCAGCUAGAGCGUGAAGUUGAGGCUCGCGGCGGACCCAGCCAGAACUCGCAGCACCACGGCCCUUCGCAGCCGCAGCCACCACAGAUUGGCCAUGGACCCAGCAACCUCUUUGGCGGCAUCAUGGCGGGUAGCGCUGCCCAGGGUGGCCCGGGACUGGCACCUCCUCCACAAGAACCACCACAGGGACAUGGCAUGCCACCACAGCUCGGCGGCCCUCAAGGCCCACCAGGACUGAACCCUGCCCCAGGCCCACCACAGCAUUUUGGUGGCUACCAGCCCGGCCCAUCCGUCAACGGCUACGGACCCCCCCAGCCUACUGCCUCGCCCGGUGCUAAGCGUCCAGGCCCUGCCCGUGGACCUCCCAACCCAGCGACUCCUCAGCAGAAUAACCCCGCCCCCUAUCCCGGAUCGCCUCAGGUCCCACGACCAACUCCUCCUCCUCACCACCAACCCAAUGCCUUGAUGGCACCCAACCAUAUUCCUCUCAGCCAGAGCAACGUCCUGGCUGACCUUGACAUUGAGCAAUUGCCUGAGAACCUCAAGAAGGAGGGCAGCGAUUGGUUUGCCGUCUUCAACCCUCGCUCCAGGCGAGUUCUUGAUGUGGACCUCAUUCACAACUUACCCCAUCAGAGUGUGGUUUGCUGUGUUCGCUUCAGCUUGGAUGGUAGGUGGGUCGCGACUGGUUGCAACCGGUCCGCGCAGAUUUUCGAUGUCGAGACUGGUAACCCAGUCGCCCAUCUCCAGGACGGUAGUCUGCCCGAAGAUGGAGACCUCUACAUCCGAAGCGUCUGCUUCAGCCCCAACGGACAAUAUCUUGCCACUGGUGCUGAAGACAAGGUCAUCAGGGUCUGGGAUAUUGCUAGCCGCACCAUCAAGCAUCAAUUCACCGGCCACGAGCAGGACAUUUACUCGCUCGACUUUGCCAGGAACGGAAAGAUCAUUGCAUCCGGAAGUGGCGAUAGGAGCGUCCGUCUCUGGGAUCUUGAGUCCAACAUGCAAGUUUCAAACUUCUCCAUUGAGGAUGGCGUCACCACUGUGGCCAUUUCGCCCGACAACCUCUACGUCGCAGCCGGUUCUCUUGACAAGAGUGUCCGUGUGUGGGAUAUCCAGACUGGUCAGCUUGUUGUCCGUCUCGAGGGCGAGCAUGGCCACAAGGAUAGUGUCUACAGUGUUGCUUUCGCUCCUUCUGGUAACCGUCUGGUCAGUGGCAGUCUGGAUAAGACUAUCAAGAUGUGGGAGCUAUCAACCCAGAACCGCUUCGUUCCCAACGGAAACCACCCCAGUGGCAAGUGCAUUCGCACAUUUGAAGGACACAAGGACUUUGUUCUCAGUGUCGCGCUUACCCCGCACGGCGAUUGGGUGCUCAGUGGUUCCAAGGACCGUGGCGUCCAAUUCUGGGACCCCCACACUGGUGUCGCACAGCUCAUGUUGCAGGGACACAAGAACUCUGUCAUUUCCGUCGCUCCCAGCCCUACGGGAGGCGUCUUUGCUACCGGUAGCGGUGACAUGCGCGCACGAAUCUGGAGGUUCGAUAGGUACCCCGGACCUUAGACAGGUCCUGAGAUUGCACUCUCGCCGCCGCCGCCACCCCAACCAUCGUUACCACAUCCACCGUCAUCACCGCCCCAACCACCACUGCGGCCUUCAAUAUCCUCACUCUGGGGUCUCUCCCCGAUUAUUUCUUGAUGGUUGUGCUUUCUGAUGACAUUACUUGAAUUGUUUUUCGGGUGUUUUUCCAUUAUGGUGUUGUCGACAAACAAGUGUUUAUGCCCCAUUCUUAUUAUCGGUUGUGGCAGAUGGACGUAUAAGGAAUGAAGGGAUUUGCUAUCUACUUGUUUUUACUCUUUUUUUUUGAUUCCCAGGC